AUUGACAUUAUUUCAUCUAUGCCAUCUACAUUAUAUUUAGCAAUUGCGGUUAUUAAAUGGUGACUCCACUACUGAAUCAAGAUCGACUCUCUUAUUAUCAAUUCAUCCUUAAAUCUUUUUUAAAUUUUUCAAUCUGAUAAUAUUUCUGAUGGUGUGAUCAAAAAUGCUUUAAUUGCAUUUUGCAUAUUAUAAUGCAUCUAAAAAACGCUUUAAAUUAAAGUUUUUGAUAUAUUUUCAAUUAACAUUUAAUGUAAUCUUUGUCAUUGAAUAUUGUUAUAUUUAUACAUUUUAACCUUUAAUUACUAUAAAUACUAAAUUUCAUAUAUUGACAAAUUUAUGUUCACGUAAAAGUUUAGUUUCAAAAAUUUAAUAUGUUGAAAGAAACUGUAAGCAGUUGGACAAUCGGAUUAUAUUCAUUUGUUGAGAUUUCACAAUUUACUCCAAUGGUUUCGAAUUUAUGGGAUAAAGAAACAUUUAAUAUAGCGCAUGUACAUGGUACAAAAAUAAAAAAAUCCGAUAUAUUAGUUGGAUAUUUAAUUAUAUUUUGGAUUAUUUUAUAUUUUAUAUAUGAAAAGUGCCUUAAUUCGUUACUUCGACAAAUGCGCAUUCCAUUAAUGCAAAGAAAUAGAAUAAUCAAAGCUAUAUGGAAUUGUGGAUUUUGCUUUGGUAGCAUUUGUUACCUAAAAUCAUCUUCGAUUAAAACAUUAAAUUUGUUCUCUGAAGAAUGGAAGAUAACACAUGAAGAACUGGAUGUUAUUUUACAUAAAAGCUUUUACUUUCAUCAAGCAGGAUUAGAGAUUUUAUGUCAUGGAACUUGGAUAAAAGGCUGGGCUAAUUUAUUAUUUGCAUCUUUUGUCAUAAAUCCAUAUCAAGAAAAAUGGUGUACAGUAGUGAGUACAUUUCUAUUUUAUAAAGCAGUUGAUACUAUUAUAAUAAACAUUUGUCGAAUCUUAUUAUGUAUAUCUCAUUUUACUGGAAGAAAGUUAUCUAAAUUAUUCUUCUGCUUUCAUUGUCUCAAUUGGAUAUAUUUAUAUGUAUUGUUUGUACCAAAAUUGAUGUUAUGGUCAGGAUAUGUAGAACAGACAAGAGCUCAGUUUAGUUUAUGGCUAUGGUUUAUAACAGAAUGCCUAGAUUCUGUAUGGAUCAAACUUUUAGGAUGUGCUAAAGCUACUCAUUGGCUAGAAAUUUGUUUAUUUCCCUCACCAACACAAGAAGCAAUUGAAUUAGCAGGAAUACAAAAACGACACAGAGAUUCCUUAAAGAAAUUAGUUAAUAAAACAUCAAAAAAAACAGAACUCUGGCAAACACUAUUUUGUGCUGUGGCUAUUAAGAAAAAGAUCAAAAGAAUUCGUCAAACAAAGCAAAAUAAUUGUAUAUCAAUAUCUGAUGUUACAGAAAAAAAAUUAAUUCAGAUAGAAAAAAAAAAUGAGAUAAAUGAACAACAAAAAGAUGAAUUUAAGGAGCAUAACAUAAGAGUAUAAAAUUGAAAACGAAUAAUAUAAAUUUAAAUCAAAUUUACAAACUUUAUUAAAA